GAUUUAUACCAUGCUCCUUUGCAAGCGUGCUUUCUCUUCCAAAGUGGCCAUUUUCAAAUUUCAUCCAAGUUUAUAAAAUAGUCGCAAAAUAAAUCAAAACUAUGUCUUCUCCAAACUUGGAGAUGGCCGUUGGCCUCAAGAAAGGACACAAGGUCACGAAGAAUGCAACUAGUAAAGUUAAGCCGUCUAGACAAAAGGGUGUUUGCAACAAACGAGUCAAACUGAUCCGAGACUUGAUCCGAGAAGACGGUUAUGCUCCUUAUGAAAGGCGUUGCAUGGAAAUGUUGCGUAUUGGAAAAGAUAAAAAAGCGCUGAAGUUUGUAAAGAAAAGGCUCGGAACGCAUCGUCGAGCCAAAAGAAAACGCGAAGAAAUGCAAGGUGUAAUUGCUGCUCAAAGAAAGGCCCAACAUUGAAGCCAUUAUCAAUGUGUUUAUAAAUAAAUCUUUGAAAUUCGA